CACAGGGACAAACUCUGUCUCACAGAACUGAGUGGCUGUUUUGUUUAAUACAACCAAUAUUCAAACAGGGACCAGAAGUGUGAAAAAAUAAGCUCUUUGAAUCUAGCCAGGAGCAUCUAAGUCCAGUUACUGAUAUCUGCAGGAUAUUAUUACUAUAAAAAUCUGGUUAGGGGUUAAGGACUGGAAUUGGGCAAACACUACUGCAGACCGUGUCUCCUCUGGAUCUGUAAGGCUUACAGAAAAAGGCUGAAAAUGUCCUCAGAUUCCACCUCUCCUGUUACGGUGACUUCCGACAGCUCUCCAGUGUCACCUCAGACACCCCCUGAGCGGACCCUGAACCUGCCCGGAGUUUGUCAGCCACGGGCCCGCUCUCCGUCUCCAAUGAGAGGGCACCUUAUCCCCAGCCCUCUCCCCACCAGGCGCACAAGAACGUUUUCUGCGACUGUGCGAGCCUCCGAGGGACCAGUUUACAAAGGAGUCUGUAAAUGUUUUUCCCGCUCCAAAGGACACGGAUUUAUAAUCCCUGAGGGAGGAGGGCCGGAUAUCUUCUUGCACAUUUCUGACAUUGAAGGAGAAUACGUUCCUGUAGAAGGCGACGAGGUCACCUACAAAUUAUGCACCAUUCCACCCAAAUGCGAGAAGCAGCAGGCGGUAGAGGUCGUUAUCACUCAUUUAGCCCCAGGAUCAAAACACGAGACGUGGUCCGGUCACGUUAUCAGUUCAUGAAGCACCUCUGAGAUCUUUAUAACCAUCGCUCUUGAGAUAUUUGGUUUUUCAUUGUUUCAGGAAUUCUAAAGGCUGGAAAUGUGUUCUACAACCAUCAUUUUCUAAACGCCAAUAUAUAUUCCUUUUUUUUUAAUAAAUAAGUUUCCUACUGAGUGCAAAUUAGUGUGACCCACGUGAUUAUCCUGGGUAGGAGAACCGGCUACUCCAUAUCACAGGCUAAAUCAUUUUCUGACCCCUGAAACAAAUUAACAAACCAACAGUACAAACCUUAUAUUUAAGAAACAAAUGGUUGUAAGAUUUAAAAUGUUUUAGAUUUGUUUUCCUUCUUAAGGUGACUUAAAAUAAAUACAAGUCCCAUUUAAUGGACAUAGAAGUGAUAAAUUAAGUGAAAUGUUUCACUUCUAUCCUAUUGUCUAAAAGCCAAAUGUCUUUAUUUUUUUAAAUUGCUUAUUGUUUUUUUUUAUACAACUUUGCUCCUGUGCUACCUCCUUUAAAGGGUGAGAUUGAUAGAGCCCCUCCCCUAGACUUUAAUGACUCGGCUGACACAGCCAGUGAUUGGCUGAAUCAUUCUUGAAGUAAAAACAGAGGGAGAUAGUUACAGGCUGCAUCCGCAAUUAAAUUACAUUUAGUUUAUUCACAAUGGGAUAGAAGUGCUGCAUUAAACAAUACUAAAAGUGUUUCAGAUUAAAUGGUCAUACAAAUAUAAAUAAAUCUAGAGCUGAAUACACCCUACUGCAGUGACUCUCACUAUUAUUAGAUUGUAAUAUUCUCUGCUGCAAGCAAUGCAUUCUGGGUGUGCACAAAGUGAGAUGUGAAAAUAUUGUAUUAAAAUAUUACUUUGUAACUUUUCAUACUUAUGAUAUCAAUAAAGUUGAAAACAUUUGUUCCCAUUGUGAA